AUGGACAAUCGCACAUCUUUUGAGAAUGAAUAUGAUGCACUAAUGGAUCAGGCAUACCAAGGUUUCGAUCAACUUCUGUAUAAUAUGAAUCUACUGAAUAAAAAUCUCGAAACACUUGAUGCCAUUGGACGCGAAUUUCAACAACCUGCAAAAUUGUGGGAAAGCUUUCAUCGUGGCAUUGCAGUACCCGCACCGCAAAAUUCAGGAUGGAGUACUUUAAUGAAUGUGAUCAAAUGA